AUGCACUUCUUCGUCCUGCUCCCCCUCCUUUUCGCCACGGCGCUCGCGGCUCUGCCCUACAAGGGUGUUGACUGGUCGAGCCUCCUCGUGGAAGAAAAGGCAGGCAAGACGUACAAGGACACCGCGGGCCAGGUUCAGCCGCUUGAGAGCAUCCUCAAGGCAUCGGGGGUCAACACUGUCCGUCAGCGCAUCUGGGUGAACCCAAGCGAUGGCGUCUACAACCUGGACUACAAUUUGAAGCUGGCGAAGCGCGCAAAGGCUGCUGGCCUGGGUAUCUACCUCGACUUUCACUACAGCGACACCUGGGCCGAUGGCGGUCACCAGGUCACUCCUGCAGCGUGGAAGGACUUUACCCUACAGCAGCUUACCGAUGAGAUCUAUUCCUACACCAAAGACGUGCUCGACACCUUUGCCACCAAUGGCAUUCCCUUGGCCCUUGUCAGCAUUGGAAACGAAAUCAGAGGGGGCAUGCUCUGGCCCACGGGGCAGAUCAGCAAGGCAGGAGGCACAAAGAACCUCUCCUCUCUUCUUCACUCGGCUUCCACGGCCGUCAAGGACUCGAAGCUCUCGCCCAAGCCAGAGAUCAUGAUCCAUCUCGACAAUGGAUGGGACUUUAGCACGCAGGAAAACUGGUACGACUCCGUCUUUGGUUCUAAUGGCGGAUUCGGGCUCGCAAACUUUGACAUCCAAGGCAUCUCCUACUACCCUUUCUACGGAUCUUCCGCGACGCUGGCCGCCGUGAGCUCGUCCAUGUCAAAGAUGGCACAAAAGUACGGCAAGACGGUCAUGGUGGCCGAGACCGACUGGCCCACGUACUGCCCCAGCCCUGCCUAUCCCUUUCCUUCGGACACCAAGUCGAUCCCGAUUUCCGUCGAUGGACAGACGCAGUGGAUGAAGACGGUGGCGUCUAAAGUCAGCGGCAUUGGCAGCCAGGGCCAAGGGAUCUUCUACUGGGAGCCAGCGUGGAUUGACAAUGCAAACCUGGGCAGCUCGUGCGCCUACAACCUCAUGGUCACCGACCAGGGCCAGGCGAUGGCCAGCCUUGGCGUCUUUAAGUCCAUCUGA